AUCAUAAAUGGGAAACAAUUAAAGAGGAUAAUCAUAAACUUUAAUUAAUGAAGAGCCAUUAGAUAGAGCACCUACAAUUUAAAGAUCUCAGACCAUGAAUAACCCUGUUAUAAUAAAUGAUAAUCCUGUAGUAGAUUGAUCUAAUUACAUAGAUUAAAAAAGAAGACCUUGAUUUGGAUCCUUUAGAACAAUAAGUUCAGAUGGUUUUUGAUGAAUUAAUAGAAUCAAUUAAUUAAGUAAAAUAUCUCAUUAAUAUAAAAAGUUGGAUUAAGAUAUUGAAGCAAUGGUUAGAGAAUUAAAUUAAUAAUAAUAAUGA